AUGGCGAUACAACGGCCGUUCAAAAAGUCCCUGCUGACUGUCUCUGUAGCAACCCCCAGGAGAGCUCCACGAGCGUUGAACCAUGUCCCUCCAGAGAUUUCCGAAGACCCCGACAUCCAGGCCGCGAUUGAGCUUCUGCCCAAGAACUACUCCUUCGAGAUCCCCAAGACGAUACAUCGCAUCCGCACGUCGGGCGCCAAACGAGUGGCGUUGCAGUUCCCCGAGGGGCUCCUCAUGUUUGCAACUACCAUCUCCGAUAUCCUGACCCAGUUCUGUCCCGGCGUCGAGACGCUGAUCAUGGGAGACGUCACCUACGGCGCCUGCUGCAUCGACGACUAUACCGCCUGCGCGCUGGGCUGUGACCUCCUGGUGCACUAUGCCCAUAGCUGUCUGAUCCCCGUGGACGUCACGACGAUCAAGACGCUCUACAUCUUUGUCGACAUCAGCAUCGACACGUCACAUCUGAUCGCGACCCUGGAGCGGAACUUCCAGCCGGGCAAGACGAUCGCCAUGGUGGGGACGAUCCAAUUCAACGCGACGCUGCACGGCCUCAAGCCCGUGCUCGAACGGGCCGGGUUCAAGAUCGUCAUCCCCCAGAUCCUGCCCUUGUCCAAGGGCGAGAUCCUCGGCUGCACAUCCCCGCAGCUGUCCGAGAAGGAGGUCGACAUCCUCCUCUACCUCGGAGACGGUCGCUUCCACCUCGAAUCCGCCAUGAUCCACAACCCUUCCAUCCCGGCAUUCCGCUACGACCCGUACUCGCGCACCCUCUCCCGCGAGACCUACGACCACGAGGAGAUGCAGUCGCUGCGACGAGACGCCAUCGCCGCCGCCCGCUCCGCCAAGAAAUGGGGCAUCAUCUUGGGCACGCUCGGCCGGCAGGGGAACCCGCACACCAUGGCUCUGAUCGAGCGCCAUCUCAACGAGAAAGGCAUCCCCUUCGUCAACCUGCUCCUCAGCGAGAUCUUCCCCGGAAAGCUCGCCGCCAUGUCCGACGUCGAGUGUUGGGUGCAGGUCGCCUGCCCCCGGCUGAGUAUCGACUGGGGCUAUGCGUUCCCGCGCCCUCUGCUGACGCCCUACGAAGCGCUCGUGGCCCUGGGGGCGCGAGAGGGCUGGGAUCAGGCCAACAAUGGCGUCUACCCGAUGGACUUUUACGCCAAAGAUGGUCUUGGUCGGACCAGGGCUGAGCAUGUCGCGGCUGCAUAA